AGGUCACGAGCGUGUCAUCUGGGCAUAUGCUCUCUUUAUAUGUGAGAUCUAGGAAGAACCCUUGCUCGAUCAGGUAUUCCAAGUUCUUCGUGAUUUAUAUAGCGAUACAUCCCACCGUGUAAAUAAGCGAGGAUCUUGGACAGAAUGCCCUGCAGUCCGCCAUCUUACCUGUUCAUUAUUGUCACUGGUGUACUGCUUGUGCUUGUGCACUCCCAGACCUCCUUAGAUGAAGACUUUAUAAGCAUCGAUUGUGGCCUUCCCAGUGGCUUUAGCUAUGUGGAUGAGAAGACAAAUAUCACAUAUAUUUCAGAUGAUCAGUACAUAGACACGGGAGAAAACCACAACAUUUCUUCACAACUCCAAGGGGCAGAACAAUUCAGAUCAGGUUUAAAUCUCAGAAGUUUUCCUACAGGAGGUAGGAAUUGCUAUACUCUUUAUCCUGCCAUAAAAGGUCAGAAGUAUCUUAUAAGAGGAAUGUUCAUGCAUGGGAAUUACGAUAACAAAGGCCAGGAUCUUGUAAGCUCACCAGUGACAUUCGACAUCCGCAUCGGGCUCAACUUCUGGAACCGGCUGAACAUAAUCAAUGCAACCAUGACUUACACAUCUGAAGCUAUCGUAGUUGCCAUUGUAAAUUCAGUAUCAGUUUGUUUGGUUGAUAAUGGAGAAGGAACUCCUUUCAUAUCAUCGUUGGAAAUGAGGCCAAUGAAGAGUUCAAAUUACCCUGCAGCAACACCAAAUCAUCCCCUUUUGCUUCAGGAUCGACGAAGCAUGGGCGCAAGUAGAAUAAUUAGGUAUCCAGAUGAUCCCUACGACCGUGUAUGGUGGCUGCCACAGAUUACAUCUGGGUUGAUAAAGAUUUCCACAAGAAGCUUGAUCAGCCGCUACACUGAUGAUGUAUAUGAGGUGCCAGUUGCAGUCCUGAAGACAGCCGCCACAACAUCAUCGACCUCUACCGCCCUGAAUUUCUUGUGGGCUGCUCCAACAGGCUGGGACGCAACACCUGGAUACUUGAUUGGCUUACACUUCACUGACUUCCAGCAGGGGCAGCUGCGUGAGUUCGACAUAUACUACAACAACGACCUGUGGAACUAUGAUAAUAAGAAAACAAAACCGCCCUAUCUCCUGGCUAAUUAUAUCAAUGGCACCACUCCAUACACGUCUGACAAUUAUCUAUACAACAUCUCACUCGUUGCCACCAAUGCAUCUGUGCUGCCCCCCAUGCUCAAUGCCAUUGAAAUAUACUACCAAGUCCAACAAGAUGAGAAGAUGACCUACUCGGAAGAUGUUGAAGCCAUGAUGACUGUUAAAAUUGAUUAUCAAGUGAAGAAAAAUUGGAUGGGUGACCCAUGCUUACCAGAAAAGUACACAUGGAGUGGCUUGAAAUGUAGAAGUCAAGGAGUUACGUCAAGAAUUAUAUCCUUAGACUUGUCCAGUAGUGAUUUGCAGGGUGCAAUAUCUGAACAAUUUUCCAUGCUCAGGUCACUCGAAUACUUGAAUUUGUCGAACAAUGAUUUAACUGGAUCACUACCUGAAUCCUUGACAAACUUACCAAAUAUCCAUGUUCUAGAUCUAUCAGGAAACCAACUAAAUGGUACAUUCCCUGAAGCAUUAUGCAAAAAUCGAGCGCUCACAUUGAGGUAUGACACGGCAAAUGGAGAUCCAUGCAGUCCAAGAUCAUCAAAGAAGAAACAUAAAGCAGUCUUAGCAGUUGCUGUAGUGGUUCCAGUGGUGAUAGUAGUUAUACUUAUAUCUGCUAUGCUGAUGCUACUUUUCUGGAAAAAGCAAGCCAUUGUGAAGUCUAGAGGUCAAGAACAAUAUGGAGAUCAUAUACAUAUUCCUGAAAACCGUGAGUUCACAUAUGAGGAGUUAGUGAAAAUUACAAACAAUUUCUCAGUAUUCAUAGGUGAAGGCGGAUUUGGGCCUGUUUUUCAUGGUCAGUUAAAAGAUGGCACUCAGUUGGCUGUUAAGAUGCGCUCUCCGACAUCAAUGUCAGGGAAGGGAAUGCCAGAGUUUUUAGCUGAGGUCGAGAGUUUAACAACUGUACACCACAGGUAUCUGGUUUUAUUGGUUGGUUACUGCACUGACCAGGAUCAUUUAGGUCUUGUUUACGAGUAUAUGCCUAAUGGAAGCCUUUAUGAUCAUUUGAGAGGAAAAAAUGCUAUUAUCCAGAGAUUAAGUUGGCAACAUCGAGCAAAAAUUGCACACGAAGCUGCCCAAGGUCUGGACUACCUGCACACAGGAUGUGUGUUGCCUAUAGUUCACAGAGAUGUUAAGUCACACAACAUUCUUCUAGGGUGUGACCUAACUGCAAAAAUAUCAGAUUUUGGAUUGUCAAAGUCAUAUCUGAAUGUUGCACAGAGUCACAUUACAGCCACUGCUGCUGGCACCCUAGGCUACAUUGACCCAGAGUACUGUCUUAGUGGCAGACUUACUAUUAGCAGUGAUGUCUUCAGCUUUGGAGUAGUUCUGCUAGAGAUUGUAACAGGGGAGCCUCCCAUCAUACCCACAAAUGGACAUAUUGUGCAGCGCAUAAAAGAGAAGGUUAAUAUGGGAAAUAUUGAGGCAAUUGCUGAUCCGCGACUUCAUGGUGAGUUUGAUAUCAGCUCAAUUUGGAAGGUUGUGGACAUAGCGCUGUUGUGCACAAAAGAGGCAUCUAGUGAAAGGCCAACGAUGAGUAUGGUGGUAGCACAGCUAAAGGAUGCCCUAGCAUUGGAAGAAGCCCGUUUAAGCUACAGUACCAGUGACAUUAGCCAAGGUGGUGCCAAUGCCGAAUUGUCAAUCAACUCCAUGCCAACAGCGAGGUAAUUAAGCCGAGAACCGUUAAAAAUAAUAAUUAAGAAAACAGCAAUGGAUAAAGGACAUGUAUGUCUGUCCACAGUGUUGCAAUAGAUUUUCCAAAUCCUAUGUAUAUUUCCAAAUUUCCAGCAUUGUUCUGUAAUGUGUGUUAAGAGGAACAUUUAGAACCCAAACAUAGCAAGCAUAUAGUAUCUCUCAGUAACUAUGUAACAUGAAUUUAAUUUUUAAAAGCUUAAGUAAUCUGGAGGAGUAUGCCAAGAAAAGCCUACUACCAGCGGUUGCGCUUUUUGCACUUU